UGUUUCCUAAAGAUCAGUUUUAUCUACUUUCUGGGACUCCAUCCUUCUCUUCCCAAGUAUAAAAAACUAUUCUGAUUAACCAGUAAUUUCCACUGUUUCUCCUACACAACACUCUUCAGUUAAUUUUUAGGUAAAUUUUACUUUCCAGAUUACCUCAUACCCCCAAAAUAAUCAGAAUAGUUAAGCUUCUAAAGCAAAGCCCUCUCUAACAGAGUCAGACAGAAUCGGGGAGAGGCACUUUUCACGUUGGCUUUCCUCUUCAUACUUCAGUGUCCCCCUGUUGGUUGGAGCUUCUAGAGAUGUAAUACAAGACAAAUCUGUAAUUUUAAAUUUUCUAGUAGCCACCUUAAAAAAGUAAAUAAAACAGGUGAAAUUAAUUCUAAUACUAUAUUUUACUUAACUCAAUAUAUCAAAAUGUUAUUUCAACAUGUCAUUAACAUAAAAAUUACUAAUGAGCUAUUUUGCAUUUUUUCUUUGUACUAAGUCUUUGAAAUCCAGUGUGUAUUUUACUCUUAAAGGCCAUUUCAGUUUGGACUAGCCACAUACCAGUAGCUCAUAGCUGUUGUGUAAGACAGUUACAGGUCCAGGCUAUUUAUUUUUGAAGUCCAGUGCAAACAACCCCUCAUUCUUUGCACUUUGAUAACUUGAAUAUUUGAGCCUACAAUCUUCAUUCAUUCAUUGGUCAACAGCCGCUGGAGUGUUUACUGUGCACAAAGCACUGUGCUAGAAGCUGGAAGGACAAAAGUGAACAAGACAUUGUUUGCCCUAAGGCUCAGUCUGUGGGGGUGAGAGACACACAUAAAGAGACAAUUAUAAAAUAACAUGAAAGAACGGUGACAGAGAUGCACACUAUUUAAUGAGCAUCUGGAUGGGCAGGGGAGUGCUAUAAAUGUUUCAGAGGUGGCCCUGAGUGGCUUCGGAAUGUGUGAAGUGAACUCUGAGAAGGGGAUGGGAAAGGGCAUUCAGAGGUACUAGCUUGACCAGAGGCGUGCAAAUGAGGAAUGCUGAGGCCUAGGGAGCCUCCCAAGAGUGCAUGUCAGGGCAGAGAUGAAUGGAGAGGGAACUGGAUAGGUAUGCAAGGCCAGACAGAAGAACCUGGUAGGUCAUGUUUAGCUUCCAAACUAAAACAUCUCGAAAACUUCCUAAAAUUCCAUAUGAAAUGCAAAUGGCGCUGGAUUUCAGCUUUUGCUGGUAACCGUGGCAGCUCCCCUGCACUGGUUGCUGAGUGAGGGCAGGGCCAUCUGCUUUGCUCACCACCCUACCCGAGGCUUGCAACACUGCCUGGCACAGAGGGGGCCUGGGGAGUUUACUCGGGCUGAAAUGCCUUCCUUCACUCUUUCUCCUCCGGGCCUCCCAUCUGUCUCAGUGAACUGGAAAAAGAGGAAGAGUGCCCGCCAUAGCCUUUCACGCUUCCAAUGGCCUCUGGAGUUCACGAACAGGUCUUCACCUUUCUGGGCUGCUUACAAGUGUACACAAUGGAGCUCACCACUCCCCACUGCCCAGGACUGCUGUGUAGCUCAAAUGAAUUCGUGGAAAGUGCCCCCUAAAAAUGAAAAGAUGCCUCUGAAGCCUUGCGCACACCAAGUGGCACGACCUCCAGAGGUUACCGCCAGGUUUCCAUCCUCCGCGCCCGGGAACCGCCUGCCCGGCCAAACGGUGACUGACUCAGGGCCGGGGCGCCCCCCCAGCCCUCAGGCGGAAAGCCACUGCAAACCCGCUUAACGCGCCUUUGGAGGAGGCGACACUGCAGCCCCGAGGGCCUGGGGCCCUGAGUCCCUGCUGCCCGCCCCCCGUAUUCGCAGCGGACCCCACCGGCACCCAGACCCUGGCACCCCCGCCUCGCGCGGCGGCGGGGAGAAAAGGGUGGAGCGGUCCGACUCCCGCAGCCAAUGAAAUCUGCGGGUUCCUGGUCCGAUCCCCGGCGCGGCUCGCCAUUGGUCGCCGCCCGGGUCUCGGCCCACCGAACCUCGGCGACCCGAGCCAAUCGCGAGGCGGCGGGUGAUCCCGGGCUCCCCGGGCUGCCGGCUACAGGCGCAGAGCGGCCCAGGCGCGGAGCUGGUGGCGGUGACAGGAGGCGCGAACCCGCAGCCCUUACCGCGCGGCGCCGCACCAUGGAGCCCGCCGUGUCGCUGGCCGUAUGCGCGCUGCUCUUCCUGCUGUGGGUGCGCGUGAAGGGGCUGGAGUUCGUGCUCAUCCACCAGCGCUGGGUGUUCGUGUGCCUCUUCCUCCUGCCGCUCUCGCUUAUCUUCGAUAUCUACUACUACGUACGCGCCUGGGUGGUGUUCAAGCUCAGCAGCGCGCCGCGCCUGCACGAGCAGCGCGUGCGGGACAUCCAGAAGCAGGUGCGGGAAUGGAAGGAGCAGGGCAGCAAGACCUUCAUGUGCACGGGGCGCCCUGGCUGGCUCACUGUCUCACUACGUGUCGGGAAGUACAAGAAGACACACAAAAACAUCAUGAUCAACCUGAUGGACAUUCUGGAAGUGGACACCAAGAAACAGAUUGUCCGUGUGGAGCCCUUGGUGACCAUGGGCCAGGUGACUGCCCUGCUGACCUCCAUUGGCUGGACUCUCCCCGUGUUGCCUGAGCUUGAUGACCUCACAGUGGGGGGCUUGAUCAUGGGCACAGGCAUCGAGUCAUCAUCCCACAAGUACGGCCUGUUCCAACACAUCUGCACUGCCUAUGAGCUGGUCCUGGCUGAUGGCAGCUUUGUGCGAUGCACUCCGUCCGAAAACUCAGACCUGUUCUAUGCCGUACCCUGGUCCUGUGGGACACUGGGUUUCCUGGUGGCCGCUGAGAUCCGCAUCAUCCCUGCCAAGAAGUACGUCAAGCUGCGUUUCGAGCCAGUGCGGGGCCUGGAGGCUAUCUGUGCCAAGUUCACCCACGAGUCCCAGCGGCAGGAGAACCACUUCGUGGAAGGGCUGCUCUACUCCCUGGAUGAAGCCGUCAUUAUGACGGGCGUCAUGACAGAUGAGGCAGAGCCCAGCAAGCUGAAUAGCAUUGGCAAUUACUACAAGCCGUGGUUCUUUAAGCACGUGGAGAACUAUCUGAAGACAAACCGAGAGGGCCUGGAGUACAUUCCCUUGAGACACUACUACCACCGCCACACGCGCAGCAUCUUCUGGGAGCUCCAGGACAUCAUCCCCUUUGGCAACAACCCCAUCUUCCGCUACCUCUUUGGCUGGAUGGUGCCUCCCAAGAUCUCCCUCCUGAAGCUGACUCAGGGUGAGACCCUGCGCAAGCUGUACGAGCAGCACCACGUGGUGCAGGACAUGCUGGUGCCCAUGAAGUGCCUGCAGCAGGCCCUGCACACCUUCCAAAACGACAUCCACGUCUACCCCAUCUGGCUGUGUCCGUUCAUCCUGCCCAGCCAGCCAGGCCUAGUGCACCCCAAGGGAAAUGAGGCAGAGCUCUACAUCGACAUUGGAGCAUAUGGGGAGCCGCGUGUGAAACACUUUGAAGCCAGGUCCUGCAUGCGGCAGCUGGAGAAGUUUGUCCGCAGCGUGCAUGGCUUCCAGAUGCUGUAUGCCGACUGCUACAUGAACCGGGAGGAGUUCUGGGAAAUGUUUGACGGCUCCUUGUACCACAAGCUGCGAGAGAAGCUGGGUUGCCAGGACGCCUUCCCCGAGGUGUACGACAAGAUCUGCAAGGCCGCCAGGCACUGAGCUGGAGCCCACCUGGAGAGACAGACACGUGUGAGUGGUCAGGCAUCUUCCCUUCACUCAAGCUUGGCUGCUUUCCCAGAUCCACACUUUCAGAGAGAAACCCCUCCAGAACUCCCACCCUGACAGCCCAAUACCACCUUCCUCCUGGCUUCCAGGGGCAGCCCAGUGGAAUGGAAAGAAUGUGGGAUUUGGAGUCAGACAAGCCUGAGUCCAGUUCCCUGUUUAGAACUCAUUGGCUGUGUGAGUCUGGGUGAGUCCCUUAACCCCUCUGAGCCUGGGUCUCUUCAUCAGUUGAAGGGGAUAGUAAUACCUACUUGCAGGUUGUUGUCAUCUGAGUUGAGCCCUGGUCACAUCGAAGGUGCUGGAUAAGUGGUAGCUCUUGUUGCUUCCCGUUCAGCAUCACAUCUGCAGUGGAGUCUGAAAAGGCUCCACAUUAGGUCACCUGUGCACAGCCAUGGCUGGAAUGAUGAAGGGGAUAUCCUGGAGUUGCCCUGCCAUUGCCUCCAUCAGCCAGACGAGGUCCUCACAGGAGGACAGCUCUUCCCUACCCUGGGAUCUCAGGAGGGCAGCCACGGAGUGGGGAGGCCCCAGAUGCACUGUGCCAAAGCCAGGUCCGAGGCCAAAGUUCUCCCUGCCAUCCUUGGUGCUGUCCUACCCCUUCCUCCUUCAUGCCUGGGCCUGCAGGCCCACCCCAACCACCACUGAGUCCACUGGGAGUGCCCUGUGUUCCUGGAGAAGGCAUUCCAGGGUUGAAUCUUGUCCCAGCCUCAGCCUGGGACACCUAGGUGGAGAGAGUGGUCUCCGCUCUGAAUUGGAUCCAGGGGACCUGGGCUCAUUCUUCUUGGCUCACCAACCCUGCAGUCCUCAUCUUUCCCAAAACCCACUUUGUCAUGGUGGGAGUGGGUCCGCGCUGCUCUGCAGCACGGGGGCUGGGGAGUGGACAGCAUCAGGUGGGAAAGUGGAGUCCACCCUCAUGUUUCUGUAGGAUUCUCACUGUGGGGCUGGAAGAAAAGAGCAUCGACUUGAUUUCUCCAACCACUCAUCCCUCUUUUUCUUUCUCCCACCACUCCCCACCCCAGCUGUAGUUAAUUUCAGUGCCUUACAAAUCCUAAGCUCAGAGAAAGUUCCAUUUCCGUUCCAGAGGGAAGGGAACCUCCCUAGGUCCUUCCCUGACUUGUUAUAACGCAAAGCUUGGUUGUUUAUGCAACUCUAUCUUAAGAACUGCCCAGCCUCAGCUGAAAACCCGAAUCUGAGAAGGAAUUGCAUCAUGUAAGGGAAGCUGGAAUUAAGGGAGCUGAGCCAGUCAUGGUUGUGGCGUGUGAGUCAGGAGACCUAGGUUUCAGCCCCUCUCUACUGUCAGCGAGCUGUGCAAGGUGGGCAAGUCACUGUCCUCUGAGCUGCAGUUUCCUCAUCUGUCACAUCGCUACAGACAAGACCUCCCUGGAACCCUUCUGAUUGUCUUAGACACUGUGGUUGCAAAACCCACAGAAAGCCUCAUUUGUGUGGAAAGUCAGAGGAAAAAUAAAUGAUCCAGUGGACACUUGGGGAUUAUCUGUCAUUCAAGAUCCUUCCUUCAACCCCAAGGCCAGCUCCCAUCUCAUUUUCAGAAAGGCUCAUACCUGGCUUGCAGGGAAGCAUCUGUCUUGUCAUUCCAGGUGCCAGAAUCCUCUCAGAGUCAUUGAAGGGUGUUCUCCCAUCCCACCCAAGGCUUGGCACACUGCCAGUGUCUUAGCAGAGUCUUGUGAGGGCUGGGGGCAUCCAGGCACUCAGAAGGCAAAGGAACCACCCUACCCAUUUGGCCUCUGGAGGGAGCAGAAGAAAGAAACAAACCUCAUCCUAUAUUUUACAAAGCAUGUGAAUUCUGGCAUUAGCUCUCAUAGGAGACCCAUGUGCUUCCUUGCUCAGUGCAAAACUGAUGAUUCUACUUGCUGUAGAUGAAUGGUUAACACGAGCUAGUUAAACAGUGUCAUUGUUUCACCAGUGAAGCCUCCAACCCUAAGCCACUGGGACUGUGGCCAGAGAUGCCAGCAGCCUCUGUCGCCGUUAGUCAUAUAACCAAAAUCCAGACCUUAUCCACAACCUGGGGCUUGGAAAGGAAGAUAUUUUGGAAUCACACCCUCAGGUUCUGUUGCUCCAGUAAAAUCUUGCCUGGAAAGGGGCAGUCUUCUUAGCAUGGUGAGCUGAGUUCAUGCCUUUUUUUUUGUAGCCAGUCCUGUCCCUGGCCAUCCAUGUGAUGGUUUUGGGUGGAGUUAAACUUGAUGCCAGUGGGCAGUGCAUGUGGACAGUAUCAGAGUAAGCCUCUCCCCUCCAGAGCCCCGAGUUUCUUGGCUGCAUGAAGGUUUUCUUUAGAAUCAGAAUUGUAGCCAGUUUCUUUGGCCAGAAGGAUGAAUAAUUGGAUAUUACUGAAAGGGAGGGGUGGAGAUGGGUGUGGCAGUGUAUGGUGUGUGAUUUUUAUUUUCUUCUUUGGUCAUGGGGGCCAAGGAGAAAGGCAUGAAUCUCCCCUGUCAGGCUCUUACAGCCACAGACACUGUGUCUACUGUCUGGAAGACAUGUCCCCGUGGCUGUGGGGCCGCUGCUUCUGUUUAAAUAAAAGUGGCCUGGAAACUG